CUCAUCGAUGUUGCAAGUAUCGAUAAAAUCUGUCGCGAUUUAUAUUUAACAAAUUUUGCAUGGAAACGGAUACCAAGUUGGAGCCAAGCGAUGGGGCUUAUCAAAUAUUUGCAAAAUAUUUCAAAAGGAAUCGCACCUCAUAUAUCGAUAGCUGUUGUUACUGAACAUUGACGCCAUCUUUACAAAAACGCCCAUUAUAUGAAGUUAAUCGAUAGUCAGGGGAACCUGUAAUAGAGAGGAAAGGAAGGAAAGGAAUAGGAAAGGAAUAGAUUUUAUAACAAAGUCAGGAGCAGCAAUAACAACACCAUCAACAACAACAACAACAUUCCAGCUGCUGCAAAAAGGCGACAAACCAAAUUAUAAUAAUGAACUUCCUGGGCUUUGGCCAAUCAGCCGAAAUUGAGAUAGUGUUCGAUGGGGCCGAGAGCAGGAAGACCGCGGAGGUCAAGGGCGAAGAUGGCAAAGUGGAGAAAAUGCUUCUCUUUUACGAUGGUGAAACAGUAUCCGGCAAGGUGAAUGUCACGUUAAAAAAGCCGGGCAGCAAACUGGAACACCAGGGCAUAAAGAUCGAGUUUAUUGGACAAAUUGAAUUAUUCUACGAUCGGGGUAAUCAUCAUGAAUUUAAGUGUCUGGCCAAGGCCUUGGCUCGGCCCGGUGAUCUAAUACAGAACAACAGCUAUCCAUUCGAUUUUCCCAAUGUGGAAAAGCAAUUUGAAGUCUAUGCCGGAUCCAAUGUAAGAUUGCGUUACUUCCUAAGGGCCACAAUUGUCCGUAGAAUCAGUGACAUUACACGCGAAGUGGAUAUAGCAGUUCACACGCUCUGCAGUUAUCCCGAAAUGAACAACCCCAUCAAAAUGGAGGUGGGCAUCGAAGAUUGCCUGCACAUAGAGUUCGAGUACAAUAAGAGUAAAUACCACUUAAAGGAUACAAUAAUUGGUAAAAUCUAUUUUCUACUGGUACGCAUAAAAAUCAAGCAUAUGGAAAUUGCUAUUAUUAAACGGGAGUCGACAGGCACUGGACCGAACAUUUUCAAUGAAAACGAGACCAUUGCGAAAUAUGAGAUAAUGGAUGGUGCCCCCGUCAAAGGGGAGAGUAUACCUAUUAGGGUCUUCUUGGCUGGUUAUAAUCUAACUCCCACAAUGCGGGACAUUAAUAAGAAAUUCUCUGUGAAAUAUUUUCUCAACUUGGUCUUGAUGGACACUGAAGAUCGUCGAUACUUCAAGCAGCAGGAGAUAACGCUGUGGCGUAAAGCCGAUAUACCGCGCUAUCAGGUGGCCUCGCAACAACAGCAACAACACCAAUUGCAACAGCAGCAUCAAAAACCGCAUCAUCAUCAUGUCCCCUUGCAUGCCCCGCCACAUUUGGUUAGUGGUCCUGCGGCACCUACUAGCCACAGCAGUGCUGGUGGCGGGGCGACAGCAGUAGCGGCUGCUGCUGCGGCGGCGGCGGCGACAUCAGCGACAGCGUCAUCCGAAUCUAAAAUGGGCCUCUUUACCCGGGAGAGCCCAAAUCAGGAGUUCAGUCAGCAACAGCUUGACUCGCCUACUGACAUCCCUGCCCCUGUUUCAGAGAGUGCACGUGGCAUGGGUGAUGGUGCAGCAGCGGCAACAUCCAGUGCAUCGCCAGUGGCCAUGCUGUCCAGCUCUCCGCCUCCGCUGGAAACAACGGAACAAGCGCAGGAUCAAGAUCAAUUACUCAACGAAGUGAAUAAUGACGAUGAUGAUACUGAAGCAAUUAAUCCGCGCCUGGAUAGAGAAGAUACCAAUAACGAUCAUGACGCCAGCAAUAAGGAUGAUGCGAAAAAGGUCACGCCAUUGACAGCCGAUUGAAAUUAGGUAAACAGGCAAUGUGGCAAGCAGACGAAAUGAAACAGUUAGACAGAGAAACAGUAGCAUCAAGCAAACUAUUAAAGUAUAUAUAUAUAUAUAUAUAUCAAUAACAA